UCCAUGUUUUGUAAUGGCUGUUGAGAGAUCCCCAUAUUCCUUUUCUAACUGACUCAUUCUGUUUUGUACAUCAGAGACAAUGUCCUGGUGAGGGAGAUGGCAGCCAUAACAUUGAGUGGAUUAGUACACUGUGGAUUUCUAGACAUGGACAAAGGCAUGCUGGAACACUUUGAGGUCCUCAGUAAGAACAAGGUAAAGAAGCGUAAGUUAGCUGACUCGAUGCCUCUGGAGGCCCUAAUAAAGCGUCACGCUGGUGUUCUGGGUCUUAGUGCUCUAGUGGAAGCUUAUCCUUACAAUGUACCCGAGUUCAUGCCAGAGAUCCUAAUGGACCUGAGUAACCAUGUCAAUGAUCCUCAACCAAUUCAGAUGACGGUGAAGAAAACCCUUUCAAACUUCCGUAGAACACACCACGACAAUUGGCACGAUCAUAAACAAAUGUUUACAGACGAUCAACUUGUCAUAUUAACUGAUAUUCUAGUGUCCCCUACUUACUAUGCUUGAUGAUGGAUCAUCGUUCUAGAAAAAUUAAAUAUCAAGGUGUAAGG